AUGGAGGUUUUAGGAAAAUUGCUCACAACAAUUAUGCAAACCUAUCCUCAUGAGGAGCCGCCUCAGCCUCAGGCCAUGGAGAAAGAAGGCACCCAAGAUGGCCCAAAAACCGGCGGAAUACUCUCACGAGAUUCUGACUCUUACAAACUUUACUUCAAGGGUUUGGUAAGGGAGGAGACAAGAGGGCCUAUUGCAGGAUUUGGGGUUGCAAUUUGCAAACAAGAAGAUGACAAUCUCUUGUUUCAGAUGAAAGGAUCACUUCAUGACUCCGCCAUUACAGUUUUGGAGGUUGAGCUUAUGGCAUUGAAGCGAGGACUAACCGAAGCCGUGAGCUUGGGGAUCCCUCAUAUCUCAAUAUGCUGCGAUCAUGAUCAGAUUUUUGAACUGGUCUUGGGAAGAUCCGUGCCUGAGAAAGAUAGCAUUGCCUUGCUAAUGGAUGAUGUGGAACGCAUCAGACAACAACUGACAUCUAGCACCCCUGAAGAUUUCGAAGCGGAGCAGAUGUUUUAUGUUGCUUUAUGCCGUCAUCAAUUCUGCGUCGAGUGCAUGACACGACACGUAAAUAGGAGUCUACUAGAAGGACGUUUGAUGAGAUGCCCUCGUCCCGAUUGCUACUCUAAGUUGACUAUUAAAAGCUGUGCCCAUCUUUUGGAACCUAAAAUAAGAGCCAUCUGGGAACAAAGGAUCAGAGUGGACUCGGAAGUAACUUGUCCAUGGCGUGAAUGUAAAAAUUGCCAACACAUGAAUGAACUUAAAACGUAUCGUGGCUAC